UAUUUUCAUAGUACCACUUCCUAUAUUUUACAUUGUUUGUUUCAUUUACUAACAGUUACUUAUGCGAACAUAAAACAACAAUGUAAAUAACAACUCUUUUGUAAUAAUGAAAUGAAUAGCGUAUAAUAAGAAUCUUAUCAAAUUUAUUACUGAUCAUUUUAAUCGAUUUGAAAAAUCUUAUUCUGAUUGCUGCUGCAUCUAAUUCCUAUUGAAUAAUAAAUGAUUAUAAACUAUGUAACCUCUCGAAUUCAAUUUUCGCUAGUUUUUAUAGAAGAAAAAAAUGGCUAAAUUCCUCGAUUAUGUUAAGAAUGUAUAAAAAGAAGCAUUGUAUAGUAUCAUUUUUUCAAUAGAAAAAUGUGGGUAUAUCCUGCGAAAUAAAAUUAGUUGUAAAAAUAAUUGAAAUUGUGUCACAUAUUUCUUUAUUCGGAAUUUACUUCUCCCAUCGACGCUUUACUAUUUCCAAAAUUCUAAUUACUUUACUUGUUAAUAUAAUCUUACUACGAUAAUUUUUUAGUAUCAACAUCUUCAUUAAGUGAUCAAGAACUUUAUCAACAACAACAGCAAAAACUUGUUGAAUUAGAAAAUCAAUUAGAAAAUUUAAAACAGUUCGAUUCUUAUUCACUUCAAUCAUUACAUCUUACUCAAAAUAUGGAUAAUCUAGCAACAAUAACUAUCCCUCCAAAAUGCAAUCCGAUUUUAUCUGUGCAACUGCAAAAACGAAUACUUAUGCAAGAACAAGAAAAAUUAAAACAAAAAAUUUAUGAUCAACAACAGCAACUGCAACAACAACAACAGCAGCAACAACAACUACAGCAACAGCAACAUUCGAUCGUUCCUUUGACACCUGAAUCUGUUGCACGAUUUCUUGCUAAUCAAACUCAAUCACAAACUUCAAAUAAUAAUCAUCCAUGGUCUAUGCAUCAUUCAAUAUCUGCUCCAACUUUUCCAACAUUUAUAGAUGAUAACAAUUAUUACAAUACAUUUCAACCGACAACUACUGACACGAAAUUAGUUGAUGAUGAUGUUAUUUCAAGUCUACUGGAUGAUUAUACAAGUAAAGUUUUAUUAUCGAAAAAACAAAAUACGAAAAAUUUUCUUUUUCCUCUUUAG